AUGCCCUUUGUAUCAACAUGGAAACAAGAACUUUUCGGAUCCACUGAAACCCAGGCCAAUACGCCAAGUGACGCACCGAAUGCAUCGCCUAGCAGUACACCAAGUGAAGUUCCGACCAAUGUGCCAAGUGAAUCUCCUAGCGCAUUCCCUUCCAACGAGCCAAGUGAUGCACCGAGCGCAUUGCCUUCCAAUGCACCAAGUGAAACUCCGUCCAACCAACCAAGUAAGUCUCCUAGUGCAUGGCCCUCCAAAGAGCCAAGUGACUCUCCUAGCGCAUUGCCUACCAAUGAGCCAAGUGAAUCUCCAAGUGCAUUGCCCACGAACGAGCCAAGUAACUCUCCGAGCAAAUCGCCCUCCAAUGCCCCAACUGAAGCUUCGUCCAGUCGGCCAAGUCAGUCUCCUAGUACAUUGCCCACAGAUAGGCCAAGUGAUGCUCCGAGCAUAUCACCCUCCAAUGCACCAACUGAGGCUCCGACUGUAUCGCCCACUACUAGUCUAGUUCCCACCACAGCACCAAGUGCAGCUCCUACUGCAUCCCCCACCGUUACUCCUCUCCGAGUGGCCUGUGCGGGGGAUAGCUUGACGCUGGGAAGAAGCGGAAAUAGUGGAGCCUCUUACCCUACCCUUCUUCAGAGAUUGUUGGGCACCGGCUUUGGAGUCCGUAACUAUGGAAGAAAUGCUGCCAAUGCCAUGGACGGUUUUGGCAUACCUUACAUCGGUACACAUAACUUUGGAUUCUCCAUGGACUUGAAUCCUGAUAUCUAUUUGCUCAUGUUGGGAACAAAUGAUAUGAGGUUUUGGAAGGCUGCCAGUCACAGGUUUACCGCGG